UCACGCAUACAGGGAACUGCAUCCAACAAAAAGCAACAAGAGACUCCAGCAACACCAACAGGAGGAAGAAGAAGACGAAGACGAGCCCCACGCACUCAUGUUCCACUCUGGAACACUGCUAUCCGCCCGCGCUGUUUCCCCGCGGAACGGUGCUUCAGGCUCCAAUCAAUCCUCUGGAAACAGCCUAUUGGACUGUUUCUACCGCGGAACUGUCGCUCCCUCCCACGGUGCCAUUUCUAGGGUUCCCUUCAGAUCUGCAGAAUGCGAAGCGAGAUCACGGGCUUGGGAUUAGAGCAAGGGCAGGGCAAGCUAGCGAGCUAGCUGAGGAGAGAGAGAGUGUGAGAGAGAGCGAGGGAGAUGCGCUGAGACGGUGCCAUGGGGUCACCCUUCGCACGCGUUGUGAUCGCCUAAUUCUUUAGUUGAGGUGGGGCGAUUCGAAUCCGCGAGGUUUUCGAGAUCGAUGUUUUGAAAAUGAGUAGACGUAAUCGAUGGGAGUCAUGAGCUCCGAGGUUGGAACUCUCCAUUGUCUUCGGUGUGGAGGAGCUUCGGGAUCUUAUCGGUUGCCGUGAUGAGUGGAUGAUAGGGUAAGCUAGCUUUUAGGAAUCCUUGUGCAUGUGAAAUUUUCCGAGGCUGAUGUUUGGAAAAGCUCCGCAGGGACAUAAACAUGUUAAGCGAGGGCGAUUUGCAGGAUCCCAGGUAUAUGACUGGAAUGAUGGGUAACCCAGGGAAAAAGGAGCUUAGACUUCAGAAGCGGAGCUUGAGAGUUGGAGUGCGUGCGUUGUAUGUGCUUGCGUUAAUAUUAGUGACGGAGCUUCUUGCGGGAGUAAGCGCUGAAAGAGAGGACUAUGUCGAUUUCGUAGAAGAGCGGAAAAAAGAAGCCGAAUUGAAUGCCACUAGGGCUAAUGGAACUGCGCCAAGUUCGAGGGAUCAGGGAAGCAUAGCUGAAGCAUUUGACAAGUUGUUGGAAAAGGAAUUUCCUGACAAGGAGGACCCUCAGGAAGCGAGUGAGGGCCUGGUUGGAAGCAGCUUCAACAAUAGUGUGAAUAAUCAGCAAGCUGAGUUGGAGACAGUAGCCAGAGUCACUCACGACAAGCCCAAGAAGAAUGACACUUUAGAAGUCAAUGGAACAGCUAAAUCGUUUCAGCUGCAGGAUCUCAUUAGUAUGGAGUCUGGUGAAUCUGGUGUGGAGGAGACACCCCGUUUGAUAGAUAAGAAGGAUAAUGUGUUCGUUAUAUCCAACCCAAGGGAGUCCUCCAUGGUCCUUCAACAAGACGUGAGAUUUAUCUCAGAUCUGGUGAUCGUCAUUGUAUCAGCAGCCGGGGGCGGCAUUCUCUUUGCCUGUCUCGGUCAGCCUGUCAUCACGGGUUAUCUGCUUGCGGGAUCUGCGAUUGGUCCCGGUGGACUUGAUCUUGUGAGUGAGCUUGUUCAGGUAGAGACUGUGGCUCAAUUUGGUGUUGUAUUUCUUCUCUUUGCUUUGGGACUCGAAUUUUCGACUACGAAAUUGCGGGUGGUGAGAGCUGUUGCUAUCUUUGGAGGAUUUCUACAGAUUGCCCUCUUCAUGUGUUUGAGUGCAAUCACUGCGGUGUUUUGCGGAGCAAGGGCUUCAGAAGGCAUAUUCGUCGGUGCAUUUUUGUCGAUGUCAUCGACAGCUGUGGUACUGAAAUUUCUGAUGGACCGUAAUACCACGAACUCUCUUCAUGGCCAAGUAACCAUCGGGACCCUCAUACUUCAGGACUGCUGCGUGGGGUUGCUUUUCGCUCUGCUCCCAGUCCUUGGUGGUAGCGGGAGUGUUAUAUCUGGACUGAUGUCGAUGUCACGAUCUCUAUUUGUGCUCGCAGCUUUUCUUCUUUUUGCUGCAAUCUUGGCUCGCACCCUUGUACCACAAUUCUUGAGACUCAUGGUGCGUUUGUCCAGACAGACGAAUGAGUUGUAUCAACUCACUGCAGUAGCCUUCUGCUUGCUGAUCGCGUGGAUAAGUGACAGGCUAGGGUUGAGCUUAGAGCUGGGUGCCUUUGUCGCAGGUGUGAUGAUUUCGACUACUGAUCUUGCGGAGCACACUCUUGAGCAGGUGGAUCCAAUCCGCAACCUUUUUGCGUCGCUAUUCUUGGCGAGUAUUGGGAUGUUGAUAAAUGUCCAGUUUCUGUGGACUCACAUGGACAUCCUGCUAUCGUCGUUGAUUCUUGUCAUCUCUUCUAAGACCAUCGUGAUUACCUUAGUGGUCAGGGCUUUUGGUUACAACAACAAAAACGCUUUUCUUGUUGGGAUGUCUCUCGCUCAAAUUGGGGAAUUCGCAUUUGUGCUCCUAAGCAGGGCAUCUAAUCUUCACCUUAUUCAGAAGAAGUUAUAUUUAUUGUUACUAGGGACAACGGCUCUCAGUCUCAUAACUACGCCACUAUUAUUUAGAGCGAUUCCUGCAGUGCUUCAUAUUGGUUCUCUGAUGCACUGGUUGCCUCAAGACACCGGCCAAAUCGAAAUAACUGAGAAACGAAAUGGCAACCCAUCAAAGGAUAUUUUAAAUUCAGCAUCGUUGAAGGUUUGUUCUAUAUAGCAACAUCUUUUUUUCUGCACUGGUUCCGUACUUGUUUCUCCGGCGUGCAUGUAGUCCAGAGAUUUGUUGCUCAGAUUUUCUCUUCAGUAUAGGUUAAACCGCGGUAGAUUUUAGGGGUCCAGCUUAGGAGACCUUGGGAGGCCUGUGAUACCUCAUGUGAUGGAGAGUGGAAUAUACUUGAAGCCUGGAGGUGAAUGGGCUGGGGAGGUAACAAAAGCUGGUCCCAUGAUUUGGGUGACCAGUGAGUGAUCAGGCCUACCUGAUUGUAAUCUUGUACCAUGUUAGUUUUCAGCGACGUUUUAGAUUUCUUUCUUUUCAGUAUCUGGGGUUCAUUCUUUGAGAUUGACAUUUCAACGAUCAUUAUAGAUUGAUCUGGGCUAGUUUAGGGUUGUCGUCGUAUGGAGGAUGGUGAGUACCGAAUCUCUCAAUUUGUACUCUUAUAGCUGAGAAGCCCAUGGCCCAGCACGUGGUUUAAUUUUGCCCAGUCAAAGGAUAUGUGCCAUCUUCAUGUGAA